GAAGAUCAAGGUCACACAUUAUUUCUCUGUAAUGGGGAGGAGAUGAGCAGCGAGGCGGAGCCUGAGUAUCUCUAAUAACGUGUGAUGCUGGCAGAAAAACACUUCAGUAACUCCUCUGGCAAACAUAUUUUCAACACAUUUGUAGGUGUAAAAGCUUUGGAGGAUAUACAGUAAAGCCAUGGUUCACCUGUCAAUAGGGUUGUUGGUAUUGAUUUCUCUCCACAGCUCAGCACUCACCUCUCAAAAUGGCUCAGCGCCCUUCCUGCGGACUUUCUCUGGUCACUUUGUAAUGGUCACCGAUGAGCCUGUAGACUACGUGGACCUGUCUGUGUUAGACAGUUUGAGGGAUGACGGGGAGUCUGGCUCAGGGUCGGAGCAGGAGCCGGUGAAAAGACACGGCCCGCACCGUCAUCCCCAGAAGCACUAUUUUGUCUCAGAGGAAGCUAAAGGUUUUCUCCAGGGUUGCCUGGCAACAAGCUUUGUCCCAACCGUUUACACCCUCAUCUUCAUCAUCAGCGUGCCCCUCAACCUUGUUGCCGUGGUGAUGUUUGUGUACCACGUCCGUCCCAGAAAACCGGCGGUGAUCUACAUGUUGAACCUGGCCUGCGCUGACCUGCUGUUCGGCCUCCUCCUUCCCCUCAAGAUCGCCUACCAUUACCAUGGCAACAACUGGAUCUAUGGCUCCUUCAUGUGCAGAGUUGUUACAGCAGCUUUCUACUGCAACAUGUAUUGCUCUGUGCUGCUCAUCACGUGUAUCAGCAUUGACCGUUUCCUGGCUGUGGUUUACCCCAUGAACGCGCUGAUGUGGCGCAGCCCUCAGACAGCUUCAGCUGUGUGUGCUGCCAUGUGGCUGUUAGCCCUGGGAGGAGUAUCCCCUCUCCUGAUCUCAGGGCAGACCAUCUAUUUGUCAGACCUGGGCAUCACCACCUGCCAUGAUGUGCAGGAUGUGGAAAACCUACAAGCUUACUAUCUUUACUUCUUCCCCAUCUACUCCUCUGUCUUCUUCUUCAUCCCGCUUGUCUUCACUGUUGUCUGUUACUUACGUAUUAUUCAGGCCCUGACAGCAGCCAAUGUGGAGAACCGCUCCAGGAAGACUCGAGCCGUGGUGAUGGCCGUGGUGGUGCUGGUGGUGUUUGUGGUCUGCUUUACCCCCACCAACAUCAUCCUGAUGGUCCACUAUGUUCAGCUGUACCACAAGUCCAGUGACAGUUCCUACCAGGUGUACCUGCUCUCCAUGUGUGUAGGCAGCCUCAGCUGCUGUCUGGAUCCAGUCCUCUAUUACUUUGGCUCCUCUCAGUGCCAGAAGCAGGUGGCCGCACUGCUCAGAUGUAGGCGACUGGCACAAGCAGAGAGCAGCACAGGAACAAAAAGUACAAGAACCAGCGGGCGGACAGACAGCAGCAGGUCAUGCAACAUGGAAAGCGUUCAAACUGGCCUGGGGAGCCAUUACAGCAGGCUGGUGGCUUAACUACUUUGACGUGAGGAGCCUGCCUCUCAGAGACUUUUCAAACAUGCACACACACACCUACAGUAUGACACAGCAGAGUAAAUGUGUAUUUAAAUCCUUGCUAAGGAAUUGCUUGGGUUGGCUCAAAAGAUUGUGUCCAGUGCCUGGUAGUGCUGGAUUUCAUUUGCACUUAAAUAAGCUUAUUGGACAAAUCGUUGUUUACAUUAAAAACCAAACAGCUUUUUGUUAUAUGGUGAUAUCCACCGGUAUGACAGUGUGUGAUAUGUUGAAUUCAUUUGACAACCAACAUUUUCUGCCAUUCUUUUCAGAUUUUUGUUUCAUAGCCUUGUUUUCCACAACUCAAAGGAAUUGAACAGUUAGUGUAUAAUAAUAACAAUACAGUUUUAAUCUGAAAAACAUUACAUGUGAUGUAGUAACUGCAUGAUUGUACAAAAACGGCAGUUUUGACACCACGGUUUUCAUAAUGAAAUUCCAUAUAUCAUCAUCUGUUAUAUAUUCAAUCAAAACAAAACUACUGCUUAAUACAAAUGUUGCUGUAUCUCUGUCUUUUUCUUUUUUUUGCUGCUCACUCCGUACUCUCUUUGUCGUCGGGGCAGAGCUCUGAAACACAGGAAAACAUAAAAGAGAUAAACUGUCAGAGAACAACAGAAGAGAGCAAAAAUGGCAGUUUCCCUGAGCAUCAUGGAGGAUGUUGGCUUCAUUUCCAUUUCCUGACCAUGUGCAUUUGUACUUCAUGGAAUUACUCCAAUAAUAAUGAAGUUUUUGUACAGUAUAAUCAUAUUUAAAUGUUGCAUUUUGCAAUACAACAUCUCCACCUUGUGGCAACUUGUGUAAGUUGUGGUAUCUAGUAAAGACCUAGACUCACAGGUCCAGCUUUGAUUUUAGCUACAGUCAGUACAGGUUACUAAAGACUUACUGACCUGUGUCACCAUCAUAGCUAUAGAAGUUCUCUGGGAGGUUCAGACACCCAACUUGUUUCUUGAAAAUUUCAACAUCUUUGGGAUCUAUUUUUCCUGUCCUUGCUGAAAGAAAAGGGAGAUUUUAAAAAGGAAGUUACCACAUUUGAAACUCUGACUAACUGUGUUAAAACUGAUGAGGACAGAACUUACUGAACUGCAGGAUGUAUCUGCCGGUGACAUCCCCGUUUCGAAAGGUGUCUGUCCACAGCAGACAGUCAGAGCAAGUCUGUAGAAUAUGUCCUUUGUGGUCUGACAGAUUUUCUAUAACAGCGGACAGCAGAGUGACUGAUUAUUAUGCAAUGUUAUGUAUAUGGAGAUCUGUUGUUGUGCAUGUUCUAUGCUCUUAUUCACCCUGUUAAUAUCAUGCUAAAGACAUAAGCUGCUUCAUCUUUUCUCGUUAAUAUUUACAUCACUUGUGUGAUGUUCACUUACUGCGAAAUGUGGUGGCAAGUCCUGACACUGUUGCAUUUACCUCCCCCGAGAUACAGCGAUUACUGAGAAACAAGAAUAUGUCAUGACAGAAUUUAGUUUUCACAAUCUCAAAAUUUAAGAUGCUGUCUGAAAAGGUAGACCUUUUUUUCUAAUAUGGGGCUACAGACUCAAUUUAAGGAUGAUUCUGCCCAACAUUUUUAAUUAACUAAAUCAUCAUACUUACAAGCAGUGAUCUCUCCAACGUAAUGUCACAAUUUGGCUGUCAGAAGUGGGAGACAAGUCUAUCCAGGAGCUUUUCAGAGACUCCAGUGCCUUGUGGUACGGCUUGGGGUCGCCAGCUCCCAUCACAUACACCCAUUUUCCAAAAACCUUCACAUAAAAAGUUAAGAUUCAUGUAACUAUAUUAUAAAUAUCUAUAUGUGUGUGACUAUAUAAUAUGAUUUAGAAAUAAGACUUACCAAUUUGGGGUCCUCUGGCAUAAAAGGUUUGACCAGUUCCUUACAGUCAGGUGCAGAUGCAGCACUGAGGGAAGUGAAAGCCAACAGAAAUACAACAGGCAGAGCCAUGGUGAGACAGACGGCAGCACUGCAGAGGAUGUUGCUGAAGCUUUAACAGAGAGCAUCUAACGCUGAUUCAUAUUCCUUCUGGGGUUUCAAACAAAAAAAAAGGUUGUUGUGCAAGUGCUAAUAUGGGUGAGGAGGGGGGUUUCUACAUGCUCAGAUACAGUUAUUCAGUGACCAUGCUGAGCCAUGCAGAUUCCUUUUGCUCAGCAUUGAAUGCCUCUGAACAGUCCUCUGUUGCCAAUACACCUGCCCCUGAAUGAACUCAGGCAAAGUGCCACGACUCGUCUGGGACUGUUGAGACAUUUAAAAAGGUUCUGGAGCAGCUUUUCUUCAGAAGAACGAAGGUUGUUUCCCUGUGGGUCUGAAUGGACUCCUUGUGGCGACAGUUUAAACGUUUGAUGUCUUCUUUCUCCCCCCAACAGUGACGUUACCCAGCAACAGUCUUUGCUGACGUUUCUGGGAACAGCGGUGCAUUUGAGAAGAGCUGUAGUAGUUUGGAUGAAGAGUAUAAUCUUGACAUAUGGAUCAGCAGAGUGUCUGGCAUCUUCUAUUGUAUUUGAAAAAGGAUACUUUUGGAUACAAUUUUUCCGAAUAAGGGUAGAAAUAAAUGACACAGAACAGA